AUGCGCGGUAAUGCUUGUGAUAAAGGUGACUCUCUCACACGCAACCUCGAUCGCUUCGGUCGCGGAACCCCAAACGAAUCCAGCCUCGCUUCCUCGGUUGCGUCUCGGACUGCCCACUUCACAUUCGUGAACCAAGCCGAAGAUUUAGCUGCUCUGCCGCGUAGGAAAAUCAGCAAUCAGAAGCAGCGCUUAGCCAUUCGAUCCCAUGUUAUGCAACGUGUUCGACAUUUGGAACUGGCAUCCGGGAAAAAGAGGAAAAUUGGACGCGAAUCUGUCAAAAGGCCCGAGCCAAACAAAUCUCGCGGCGGAUCGAGUGAUUCUGACUCCUCGCCCAAAAAGGGGUCGACACCGCCGUUCCCCAUUGCGAUCAAACACAAGCCAAAGUCUGUGGUGCCUUAUGUGCACGCGGAGAGCGAAAAACUGCCUGUCGGGGCGAGGGCUUCAGGACACUUCCCUCUGCAUAUGGCCCCGGCUAUCGAUGAAUUCGACCCCUUUGAGACCCUGCCAAGCAACCGUGUGCCGCAUAAAUCUGUGGAGAGUUUGUUGAAGUAUUGUUUUGACGUCCUUUUGCCGCUCACGUUUUCGGUGGAGACUAAACACGCCCGGGAACGGCUUGCUCGGCAGGGAAUGGUCCUCCAGAGCAAAAUCUCGAGUCCCGCCACCUUUUUGGGAUUUAUGGCCACGGUCUCUGCUCAUAGAGCCAUUACUUCCGGCCACCAUCAAGAUUUGUCCCCCUCCGUUGCAAACCAUGAUGAUCUCAUUGUCGAUCCGGACUACAAAACGGUCAAGCAUGAAGCCAUUGUUGCCGUUCGACGGAAGGUUGAAACGUUUCAAAAACUCGAUCAGGAUAUGGUGGAAGCCUGCUUCGGUUUAAUCUCCACCGCCACUGUGGUGGGCAAUUUCGAGGAAGCGAGAAUGCAUCUGGGAGGCAUAGCCCAAAUGAUGGAGUUGGUUGGUGUAUCCGAGGGUUCCCUGAAAUGGGUUCCAAUCUCGAAUGUCAAGGUUUCCGUGGGACUCUUGUCACGACCCAUUUUACCUCUUCCUUGGUCACGCCAGCCGAUACCAGAAGUUAUAGGGAAGCGAAUUUCGCCGGCCCCCGACUCCGAUAUGGUCCGCCUGGGCUGCUAUUUCAUCCUCUUGGAGGACUUGAGCGAUUCACUACAGGGUCUAUUAUCAAUGGGCCGAGACAUUUGCAACUUUUGCGAGCUGAAUGCCACAGACCCCCAAGGAUUGUCAUCGCUGGAGAACAGCGUCCUCCAACGGAAAGCUAUCGAGCUAGAAUAUGACCUUUUAGCUUAUCCAUACGAGUCAAACGCGUUUCGUCAAGACCGUGACAAGGAGCCACUCCUCCCAUCACUUGAGGGAGUGGUACGUCUGGCCGUUCUCGGAUUUCUUUCAUUCACUCCUCACACCAUCAUGCCGCCAACAGGCCUAGGUCGAGCAUUGACACAUCACCAGAAACGAGCCGUUGAGGCGUGGCUGCGUGAGAAAGAUGAGAGCUGCGGCGUCUCAGAACUCAAAGUUAUAUGUUGGGCGCUCUUUAUAUUCGUACAGAACUCGUCCAAACAGCCGGAGGAGACAUUCUUUACCCGACUACUUUCCCGGCUCAUUCGCAAACUCUGGUUCCUGUCCUGGCAAGAUGUCGAAACCACCAUGUUCGGCUUUCUUUACAUUCCGAAACUCCAAUCGUCCAUUUGGAAGGCUAUCUGGGCCACCUCACUCGAAGGCAUGGCGAACACGGGGCAGAGUAGCCACUCGACUUCCAAAGGACCGUAG